UGAGCCUCAAUCUGUUAAUGUUUUUGACCUUGUUAAUAUCUCGUCACAAACUACAUACUACAAAUACUAUCAAUCUGAUUUCAAAAUGUAUACGAUAGAAACGGUAACAGAAGGGUAUACCUUAGGCGAAGGCCCUCAUUGGGAUACAUCGACCCAAAGCCUUUAUUUUGUUGAUAUUUUUGGGAAACUUAUCGUAAAAUAUACCCCAGCAACGAAGAAAGUUGCAAAAGUAACAGUUGCACCGAAAACCGCUUCAUUUGUAAUCCCUGUCCAAGGAAAAAAAGACCAAUUUGUAAUUUCACUAAAUAACGAAUUAGUCAUUAUCUCUUGGGAUGGUGGGAGUGAUAAAAUAGGAAUCGUGGAAAACUUAGCCACUAUUGAUAAUAAUUUCAAUGAUGCUAAAUGUGAUCCCAAAGGCCGAUUGUGGGCCGGUAGCCAAACUCUGGAUGAAAAUGAUUUUAUGAAAAGUGAACCUUUGGGCCAUUUAUAUUCCCUGGAUUCUAACAAACAAUUUAAAAAAUGUUUGGACAAAAUACGAAUUGCAAACGGAUUGGCUUUUAACGAAAAGUUGAAAAAAAUGUAUUACAUCGACUCUUUGAUAGGGACGAUAGAUCAAUUUGAUUUCGACGUGAACACUGGGAAAAUAUCCAAUAGAAAAGUUCUAUUCACGUUGAAAAAAAACAAUGUACCGGGUAUUGCCGAUGGUAUGACUAUAGACACCGAUGGUAAUCUAUGGGUGGCAAUUUUCGGCGGUAGCCGAGUGCUAAAAAUCGAUGGUAAUAACAGUGAAACUUUGUUAGAAACCAUAAAUAUGCCUGCGGAACAGGUAACUUCUGUAACUUUCGGGGGCCCUAAAUUAGACGAAUUGUUUGUUACAACAGCACGGUUUGAGACCGGAGAGAAGAAAUUGCCAGCGCCCAUCAAUGGUGCUACUUACAGAAUCACAGGGACCGGAGCAAGAGGACACCCUGGAGUCAGCUUUAAACUGAAUUAAUGUUUAUAACUUGACGCAUUUGGCCUACGUCCUUGAAAUGAUUGAUGAAUUUGAUUAUAGGACCCGGUUAAUUAGGAUAGAAAUAAAAAACUUUUCGCGACAUUUCGACACUUUGUGUCUUCUUCUGGCGAGAAAUUUUUGUCGUUUUGUUGUCGUGUGAACUCUUCUUUAGAAGUGUUUAGAUUUAAUUGUGUAAGCACUGUGUGUUUUGUUGCUCUGAACACAUUUUAAAAAUGUCAUGUAAGAUAAGAUACCAGGAACAUUGAAAAAAUGUUUAAUUUCGAAGUUAUGAGAGUUUAAAUUUUGCAUCUUGACUCUAAUUAUAAAAACAUAAUAAAAGUUUUUUU